AUGAGUGCCACCGACGAGAUGAAGGCCGAGAGCUCUGGGCUGUACUCGAUGUUCAAAAACAAGGCCGUUUCGUUUGCCGUUAAGCGGAGAGUUGGCAAGGCGAUUCUUUGCCGCCCGAUGUCUUAUCCAAUUCCUCCGCUCUACUCGCAGAGCGCAGUAUUUCACUGUUUCUGCGCCAUAUUGUGCGACUGGAAAAAGAAUGAGGUCAGCGAGGCAGAGGUGGCCGAAUUGUGGACGGCGUUAGUUGAGUUUCAGCACACUUCCUCAGAGUGUUGUCGUGUGUUCAUCGUCGGCAAGCACUUGUUCGUCAAGGCGACUCUGAAUUGUCUGAGUCGCGCGAAGCAAACGCUGGAUGUGGACUCUACGGCGGAUGCGGUGCCGUACUUACUGCCGCUCGGAAACUGUCUGAACUUCGUGCUGAGUCGUCAGGAGCUGAACUGUGUGCUGAAGAGCAACACUGACCUGCUGUUCGAUUUCUUGUGCCAAUUGGUCGAAGUAGUGACCAAGCUGCAGCCGCGCGUUCACAGAAUGUUGUUCCCCCUGUACCUGCGCAUUUGCACCGGAAGUAUGCAAGACUUCCUGUUGCUCAAAGUGUUCUGGGGUUAUAGGAAACAACUUUUCAGCCAGUUCUGCAAGAAAAUGCUGUGCAACUGCGUAAAUCUUUACGGAAAACUGUGCAACGAAGGAGCCACCGCCGCCGCCGUUCAAAUCCAAACUCGGGCGCAAGCACUAGUUGAGGCGCAGGCAGAGGCCGAGACACAGAGUAGCGACGGUGAUGACUGUUCCGAACUGGCAGAAAGUGUCUUGCAGUUUGUAACGUCUGUUCUGCUGCACACAUCAAGGCCAGAAGACUUCGUAGUGUACUUUCAGCGGCGCGACUCGAAUCUGGAAAACAUAUACGUUAAGGCGUUGUUUCAGGCGAUGAUCGACAUGAGUGCUUCCCUUGCACAGGCGUCCCCUUUUAUGAGGUUCUUUCCUCGUUUCCUGUCUCUCUGUAAGCCUUUUUUCAAUCCCAUACUCUCCAUUGAUCCGUUGUUGCUCAUGAAGUUUUCCAAAUUUGCGAUAGAUACGGCAACGUCAGCGGCGUCGGCAACUGUAGUUUCCAAUGACGGCGGCUCUUCUGUUGGGAUGCCCGUCGCAUUCCUGGCCGAUGUGUUCCGCGUGAUCAGGGAACAGGGCUUUUUCACGGUUGUCGAAGACAAGGAGGGUGCGUUCCUUUCAUGGAUGGCGAGUCUGAAGAGUGAACUUGAUAAAAACAUGGGCAGUGACCUUCGCUCGAUAUGCGAUUUUUUGAAUUCAUUGUUGUUCAUUCAUCCGGCGCUGGUCAUGGACAACUGCGAGACAUUGAUAUUUGCCGUGCACCGCCAUAUGGGUGAACGUUGUCACGAGCAUGCCGUCUCCACAGAGGACGGCCAACAGCUUCUGACGAACUUGAUCGUGAUGCACGGCAAAGUGCGACAGAUCAGUACGCUGAUUCGGAUCUACAUCGGCCAGAUCCUAAACAAUGACCAUUUUGCACUGUACAACUUUGAGGUGACUGCCUUCGCGACUACCUGCGUCUUUCUGCCUUAUGAGGAACUGGAGGCAACGCUCAGUUACAUCUGCACCUCGUUCAGGACCGUUCUGAGAUACCGCAGCGACCUGUCACACAAGGCCGUGUAUUUAGCGUUACUGUUGGCGGCGAUGUCCAAGGAGUCGUUUUGCUUUAGCACUGUUGAAAUCGUCGACGUCAUCUGGCGCGAUGUGUUUAAGUUGGCAUCUAAGAUUCGUAAGAAGUGUAAGUCGGACGAUAGCUGGUUGGUGCCCUUGCACCUCAUCUACCGGACGUUGCUGUAUUCGCUGCUGGCGUCCUGCGACUCGCUUCAUCACAACAGCAGGUAUGCCGGCUUACAGCAGGCUUUGAAAGGCCACGGUGGUCGCGAAGUGGUACCUGCAUUUCUCGACUUCGCCGAAACACAUAGCUGCAGUGACAGUUCGCUAUGCGCCAGCGUAUGUCCUUUGCGAGACACGUUGCAUUUCUUGAUGAACUUCGGCGACGUGGUUCUGCUGGCGCUGAAGCAGGAAGACCAGUUUCGUGCGUACGCAUUCGUAUGCCGAGAGGCUUUCGAACACGGCAACGAGUUUUUCGUAGAUUUUCUGAGGGAUACAACCACUUGGGAGGAUCGCACUGACUCGUCGAUCGGCGCGCUCAUGAGUUCGCUGUUUGUGUUUUGCGCCGGAUGUGUGAGGAAGGUUUUUGAAUCUCAUCUCGAAGGUGGACGAGGACUGAAGUUGAUCGAAGCGGCCGCCCGCUUGUGCAUUGCCGAAACGAGUGCUGCUGAUGACCGCGCUCACCUGAAUCAGGUGUUCGACCAGAUCGGGUCGUUGUCGUCGUCUUCGGACUACGUUUCGGACCGUCCGAUUCGAGACAGCGGCGACUUAGCAACGGUACUGGUCGUGCUUGAGACGUUAGUCGUUAUUCCGUUCGAAUAUUUUGCUGUGCGACAGCGGACCGUCUUUUUGACGUUCUCUGCCGCACUCCUGCAUGUCCUCUGUUCAGGCGUGGUCGGCCGCGAUGUAUCAGACAUUCUGAUGAAAAGCGUACGACUCUGUUGUACGUUGGUCAUGUCCCUGCUCGAGCAGCCCGACACUUGUACCGGUCUUCAGGAGCCAGUUGACGUUUUGGUGUCGUUGACGCGGUCAUUAUUCCGCUGUGUCGCGUUGUCCAGAAACGACUGGCUGUUGGACGCGGCCCGAUGCAUCGUUGGCCGAUGCGUCUUGGUCAUGCCUUUGCAGUGUCAAUUUGCCAUCUUUCAACCGAGCCUGACUUUUCUGACUGACAAUGACGACGACUUUCCCGACGAUGACAGUGACGACGAACUUCUACUUGACACGCUAUACCAAAUCAGCUGUUUGAAAGAGGCGCGCCAAGUGACUGCCUUGCCUGACGACAUGCUUUCAACACUGGACUCGAUCCUGUGCCAUCGACAUGAUGGGUGGCAGCGGGAGCCGACUUCGACAAACCUUUUUUUCAGGUGUUUCUUGCCAUGUGUUGAUUUCUGGUGUCUUCUUUCUGCCGAAGCUCCGUAUGCUUGCACACAGUUCCAAGACGACUUGUGUCGUGAGUACAUCCGUCGCAUGCCCGACGUGUCGCUGGAUCUGUUUGUGAAGAGCGUGCGACACAGCGCCGAAUUUUUCUUUUAUCCGGCCAACAUAGAAAAGUACGGCGACUUGUUUUUGGACGCAUACUGUCAAGGACCAAAGCAGUUAGACUUGGACAGUUUUACUGUUGACUCCGACGACAUUCAGCUAAUGACGAUGUUGAUCAGUCAGUUUAGUGAGGAACACGUGAAGAUGUUAUUUUCCGACUCAGAUGAGGAUAACCUUGGUUGGAAGGUUUACGUUACGUUUCUGACGGUGAAGGCUCUGCCUGCCGCCAAAAAGCAGGAACUCGUCAGUUCGGUGCAGACCAAUUACAUUGCGUGCCUGAUUCAGCAAUUUUUUUCCAACUUGCCCAUGGUGGAGAUGUUGCACAACGAGGAGGCUCACUGUUCGCUUUUUAUUUUGAGGUUGGCCACCGCGUUGGUCCGCGACAAAAGCCUUGGUCUGCGAAAGAAACAAAUCGUUCUUACCGCGCUUAAUUUAGCCGCUGACGUUCCGUUUGACGGCGAAUACGACGACGAGUUCUGCCCUCGUUUUCAAGCAGAACUGCCUGUUUCCGUGCUUGGCCUGCAGAGCACCCGUGCCUCAAAUAAACUGCUGGGUAACGCCGGACAGAAGUUGACGACGUUUACUGGUUUGGAUGGAACGUUGCAUGACAAUGUGCGUAGUUAUUUAUUGCCCUGUCGCAACUAG